CUCGCAGAGUACAGUUGUUUGUUUCGAUAAGUAGCAUCAUUGGAUGUUUACCACAGUUCAGUCUGAUUCUUUUAAAUAUUUGGCUUUGUGUGAUAAGUGCUGGCAAUUAACGAAUCGGCGAAUCAUCAAACAUCUCUAUGGAUGGGAAUUGUAUGAAUCCUUCAAAUAGUGGAAAUGUUCUGAGGCCAAGCAACAUGUAUUCAUUCCAUUCCAAUAACCCCAUAGUGCACAAUCCUGGUUUAAGGCAGGCACAUAUGAACCAUUUUUACCCUCCAACUGUUUUUUUGGGACUAAUCAGAAAUCCACAAGAUUUUUCUCAGAGGCCAGUGUUAUAUACUUAUCAUCAAAUGACUCAUCAAAUGGCUUAUCCAAUGGGUCAUCAAAUGGCUUAUCCAAUGGCUCAUCAAAUGGCUUAUCCAAUGGGUCAUCCAAUGGCUCAUCAAAUGGCUUAUCCAAUGGGUCAUCAAAUGGCUUAUCCAAUGGGUCAUCAAAUGGCUUAUCCAAUGGGUCAUCAAAUGGCUUAUCCAAUGGGUCAUCAAAUGGCUUAUCCAAUGGGUCAUCAAAUGGCUUAUCCAAUGGGUCAUCAAAUGGCUUAUCCAAUGGGUCAUCAAAUGGCUUAUCCAAUGGGUCAUCAAAUCAUUAACCAGACAGUGAGACCUACAAGUAAAUCUGACAAUAUAGAGCAAAGCAUUAAUGAUGCUAUGGAGCAAGGUAAAAGCCCUAUAAUCAUAGACAACAUAAGCAAUGAAAUCUUGGAGAUGAAACUAUUUGUAGACAGUGGAGUGAAGUUUGGAUAUAUUAUAGAAGUUCUUGAACUUGAGACACGUUGGGCUAGAAAAGUUCAAAUACUGUACAAGAAAGAUUCGCACAAUGUCUGUGCAAGUUUGUUGGCAAAUAUUAAACACAUGCUGGAAAACCCGGAACAUAAUGCAACAGGGUCAUCCUUGCUACUUAACUAUUUUUUGCAAUAUGACCCAACUGUGACACCGCUUAACUUGUGUCCACGAUCGCGAUUGAAUGGAAGAUCGCCAGAAGAAUUGGGUUCAACUUAUAAUUGGCCAGAAUAUGCUGCAUAUGAAAACAUCGAAAACGUCAUCGAAAUGGAUGACAAUACUAUAGACUUCCAUCGUCUGAGGGUCCGUGAGGCUAUAGAGAUAUUAGACCUCUUCCUAGAUGUACAUAUCAAAAUUUUGAAACAAUUGCAAACCGGAUCCAUUGUGAGAUAUCGACAUCUGGUCUUUAUAACCGGCAGAGGAGUCCACAGCCAGGGCGCGCCUAAAAUAAAACCAGCUGUUAUAAAGAGGCUGUUUGAACGCGAUUUGAGUUUUAUAAUACACAAUCCCGGCCUUUUAAUAAGUAGCGUAAGGUCUGAUAACAAAUUGACGUGCGAGAUAUCUAGUGCCGGUCAAGAUGGGCCCCCUCAAGACCCAUGAACACAAUCAAGACAAUUGCAGAAAAGGUACGACUUCUAUCUAAUGCCGUAUUGUUACACAGACUAAAUAUAUCACAGAUAUGAUCCUUUUCAUAGACGUAUACAGAUUGGACUUAGUGCGUAUAGUGUAGUGAUGGACCAUAAACUGUGGAAGUGUUAGUUAUAGAUAAAUGUAGCAUUUACAAAUAAUUAGAGUAUUACAAGUGUAUGACGAGGUAGUUUUAACGGGUUUUUUCUUUUCAUAUAGAUAAGCGUAGUUGUAAGUUAGAAAAGAAUGAGGUGCUUUCACCGAUGUUAAGGGAUAAAAUUAACAAACAAAAUGUUACUGUAAAAGUUUAAAGUUUACACAAAAAUGCUCGUUAGUGGAACUUAAAAGCUUUUUUACAAAAAUUUCGGAGAGACAAGGUGAAAGUAUAGACUGAUCGAUUUUAAAUAUUGCGAUUUUGGACGAGAAAAUAUUGUAGCAUAAUUUUAAUUAAGACUCUGAAGGUACAACUUGUAUUUAUACAACCUAAUGUUGUCCGGCUCUCAUAGAGGGCGCUGUUCUGUAAAUAUUGUAAUAACCAACAAUACUACAAUAACAAUAAAUAAUUCUAAGUUAGGAAUAAUUUUUUCGACAGUAUGUUCCGUCUAUAUAAUAUUAAUUAGAUUUAUUUGCCUUGGCACCCCAAAGAUUUCUUCAAGUUACAGUAAUAUCAAUAAAGACAUUACUUAGUACAAAUAUAAAUAGCACAAUCUUCAUUAGGCCUAUAAAUCCAAGUUUUAAAUACAACAAAACAGGGUUUAGUUUUUAACUUCGAAUUUUAUAGAAUGGGUGUCUACCUCAAGUUGCGCUCAAUUUAUUUUACAUUUAUUGAUAUUCUAUAUUUACAUAAUAAUUAAUUUCCUUUUUUUUUUACUGAAUAUUCAUAAAAUCACUUUAAAUCAACUAUAUUGUUGAAGUUUACUUGAAAUAAUAAAAUUUCUUCAUUGAUUAAAAAAGUAGUGUCUGAUGCUGAGUAAUAUUGGUUACCUUCGAACCCAAGAUAAUUUUUGUUAUUUGUUUUGUAUUAUUUUAUCUUGAUUGUAAAUAACUUGUUUACAUAAGAUUUAUUUUGUAAAUAACUUUAGAUUAUCGUAGACUUAUUAUAAAAAUCGUAUUAUAAAAAUGCCUUGCAUAUUAAACGGAUAAAUGAAUCCUUCAAUUGAUGAAAACACGGCAACGACUUAAUCCAAUCUUCAAAUAAAUUUUGGAUUGAUGAAAAAAUUAUCACGAUGAUUUCUGUCUAUGAGAUUGCAUUCACUUUGUGGGUGUGUGCUUGACAAGACGAAUCAAUACGACCUUGACACUAUUGUGUUUAUAAAGGGAAAUACAAUUCCGUUACUCUGUCAACAGAUGGCGCUGUUGAUAUAUUCUAUAUAAAAUCUGUCAUGACUAGAUUAACUCUUACUCGGAUUUGAGAUAAAAAUUACAUGUUGUUUGUGUCAGUGACUGACCAUUCCAUAGGUAUUCUAUGAUACUUUACGAGUUUAUAGAUGUAAAUGUGGAUUUCUUGGAAGGAAAGCUACAAAGUUGGAUGUGGUUGGUUGUGGGUGGGUCAUAUUGAUUGAUAACAUUAAAAAAAUACUUUAAACGAAUACCUUAAUUGAAAUUGAUGAAGGGUAAAUUUUUUAACUGUUAUCAGUUGAUGUUUUAAUAAAAUAACAUUAGUAUAUAAUUAUGUAAUAAUUCAAUGUCUUCGGUGUCCUUUUAUUAAUGUGAUGUGUCGUGAUAAAUGUGAUUUAGUACUAAGUAUAUUAUACUGUUCAGCUAAAGUCCUUUUCACUCUAAAUGCAUGGCAAUAUGAGAAAAGUUCUAAAGGAAAUGAUCUUUUUGAAUAUGGAACAAAAAUAAAAUUAUUUUUUUAAUU